UAUUUUAGAAUGCAGCUGACGACCUGUUGCAGAUGUUGUUCCUUGAAAACGGGAACAAUUUUCAGUGGAGUAUGUGGCAUCGUACUAGCUGUGCUUUUCCUGAUCCUGAUCUUCACGGCGAACGUAGAAUGGAAAACGAUAAUCGUCGACAUUCUAGACAAGACAGCCGUAAAGAUCAUCUUCGCCAUCAACCUCUGCAUGACCAUCCUCAUCUCUACAUUACUCAUAAUCGGUGCUUUAAGGAAAAAUACAUUUAUGAUGCUUCCAUGGGGGGGUAUGGGUAGGCAUUGA